AUGGCGUGCUACCUGGUCAUCAGCUCCCGGCACCUCAGCAACGGGCACUACCGCGGCAUCAAAGGCGUCUUCAGGGGACCGCUCUGCAAGAAGGGCGCUCGCUCGCCGGACUAUGCUGAGAAGGAGAAAGCUGCAGCCAAGGCUCUGGAGGAUGUGAAGGCUAACUUCUACUGUGAACUGUGUGACAAGCAGUACCACAAACACCAGGAAUUUGACAACCACAUCAAUUCUUAUGAUCAUGCUCACAAGCAGAGAUUGAAAGAUUUAAAACAAAGGGAAUUUGCUCGAAAUGUGGCUUCAAAGUCAUGGAAAGAUGAAAAGAAACAGGAAAAAGCACUCAAGCGGCUCCACCAGCUCGCAGAGUUACGGAAACAGUCAGAAUGCAUUGCUGGAAGUGGGCCAACACUUAAAGCCCCCAGAUUAGUUGAAAAGCAGCAAUCACCAGAUGCAUUUUUCCUCUACAAAGGUGGCAAGGUCACAGCGAAAUCUCAAAGCACCACCACAAAUACAGGUUUCUCCAGCAGCAUACUAGAAAAACGGCAGCUUAUCAUAAGCAGGCACCAGUCACCUACUGAAAGGCUCCACGUGCUUGGAAAUCAAGUUUCACAAGUGUUCCCAGACAGUAGCAGCGCUUCUCAAAGAACAGGAGUGUCUUUCUCAUUCUCUAAAAAAGUCCCUUUGAAGCUUGAAUCCUCAGCAUCAGUCUUCAGUGAGAACUCUGAAGAAGGAAAUGAUUAUAGUGAAUCCCCCAAUCAUAAAACGAAGCAAGUUCUUGAGAGCUGUCAUUCUGGUAUAUAUUUGGAAGAGGAUGUAAAAGCAAGUCUAGAUAAAGGACCACCAAUUCCACAAGACCAAAUGGAUUUGGAUUACAGUGCAUCAAGUCAUGGAGCUGUGAAACUUAAAAUUGCUCAUCCUUCACUUUCCAAAGUCAAAAUGCAGUUCUCAAAUUUGGAUUUUUCAGGUUCAGUAAAAGAAACGGAACAAGAAAGCAAAUUGAAUGUGUCUGAGCAAUUGUUCGAAACACUCAUUUCACCUUCAUGCAAAGCUAGCAGUUUCUGUAUACAAUCAGAUACCUACAAGCACAGCAAUGCACACCUCUCUGAGCUCCCCCAACAGCUAUCACCUGAGCUGACAUGUGCAAGCUACAUUAAUGACUGUCCUAGGGUGGUAAAGAGAGAAAGGUCAUUAGAGACUUCAGAAAUUAAAAACAGGAAUAUGGAAAAGCUUCCAAGGGAGACAGUGGUUAAAGAGGCUAAGCUCCAGCCACUGCCUUUCAUCCACGUAGUGAGCAAGGAUGGCAGCACUGCUCUGCAGUGGCCAACAGAAUUACUUUUGUUUACAAAAACUGAGCCCUGUAUUUCAUAUGGCUGUAAUCCACUGUAUUUUGACUUCAGACUCUCAUUAAAUCACAGAGAUAGUAAACAGCAUGAAACAAGCAAAGAAGGCUGUAAAGAGCACUCUAUAAAUAAGACUGCAGAUGAAAAUGAACCCUCAGGUUUAAUAAAACACAAGCAAACGUCAAAUGAACAAGAUAAUCAGUUGUUGAAACCAAAGAAGAUGAAAGGUUCCCUAAAUCCAAGAAAGGCCAAGCAAAAAGCUGAGUCAGACAUAGGGAAAGAGAUGAACAAAAAUGGUCAAAAAUACAUUUCGGAUUAUUUGAAUGAAAAUAUACCCAAAGUGCCUGUCUCACAAAAGGAUUCUACGGCAGAAAAAGGUCUUCAUACAACAACACUGAAAAGAUCAUUACGGAUAAAAAAAUCUAAGGCUGAAAAGUGUGAUUUAAUUUAUUCUGAGGAAAAACAUGAAACCCAAAAUGGCUGCAGACCCAUUCAGAAUGUUGCCAGCUGCAGCAGUGACGUAAGCGAUAGUGGAAAAGAUUCUGGUGGAAGUUUCCUUAGUUAUAAAUCUGGUUCAAAUAGCAGGCAUUCAGAAAAUGGAGGAUGUGAAAAUUACUCAAGAUGUUGGAGAUUCCCUUCUCCUCAAAAAUCCUGCUCUGACAGACAUUCCAGCUAUUCUGAUACUUCGGUUAGCAGCACAAAUUCAAGAAGCAGCGAUCGAUCGUCUUGUAGCAGAAUAUCAAGAGAAAGAAGUGCAGGAUCUUUCUCAGAAGAAUAUGACAAUUACGAGAACAAAACAAGAGAGGACACAGAAAGAGAUUCUAACAUCAACACAGGAAAAGCUGAAAUUGCACAUUAUGAAUCUCUGAAAGUAGAUAGCCAGUCAAAAGACUUUACUACCUGCUCUUCAGAAACCUCAGCAAAAGAUGUACAUGGAAGAAGAAAGUCACUGACAGCCAAGUUACUGUUAGAAAGGGUGCAGUCUAAGAAAAUCCAGGAACAACUGCACGAUUCAGAGAGAUUUUCAAACACGUUUGGUAGAGAAAUAAAGGAUCUGUCACAACGUCACUUCGAACUUCAGUUUUCAUCAUCAGUAGAUGAUACAUUACCUUUGCCAGAGAAACUGCUAAACAUUGGUGAAAAUGACAUAGGGCAAAGUGGAAGUUCAUUGGAAAAAAACAAACGUGACACUUCAGAGAUAACCCAUGUUGCUCUUUCAACAGGCACUGAUUAUGAUCGUUGUCUUUUUAAAGACAUUGUUCAGAUGGGAACAGGCUAUCAGAACCCGAGCAUAAAAAGGAACACGGCAAUAAAGGAACGAUCCAAUCUCUUCAUUAGUGAAGUACAACCCUUUAUACAAAGCUGUGACCCAGUACCAAAAGAUUUCCCUGGUGCUUUUCCCUCUAAAAGAUAUUCUGUUGUUGCUAAUUCAACAGAGACCAAAGAAGAACUACAUGAUGUGAACAUGGACUCAAACCGGGCAGAAGGAAGUUCAAACUCUGUUUGUGAUAAUGCUAUGCAGAAGUACAAUGACACAGUAGAUGACCGGGAAGUGUACAGUAAAUCCAUCUCCCCUCCUUUAAUGCAGCAGCCUAUAAUGUUCUCACCAGAGGAAGUAGACAAAUACAGGCUGUUGCAGCUGCAAGCCCAGCAGCAUAUGCAGAAACAACUCCUGGCAAAACACCUGCAAGUUUUGCCCACCCCAGGACCAGCUGCCUUCUCUGCAACACCAGCAGUUCCUGCCAUCCCUGUUCAGCAGCACGCAACAGUCACCACCAUACACCAUACACUGCUGCAACGCUUUGCUGUCUCAGCAUCUGUACACCCCCAUGGCAGCCAUCUCUCCUUGGCACACCUCCAUCCCCUCUCUCAGGCACAUUUUGCCCCUAUAUCACUUUCUCCAUUAGCACCAGCCCUCAUUCCCACCCAUCCUGCUCUGCUGACAGGACACCCAUUGCACUUGGUCUCCACCACCCCCAUUCACUCUUCCCCUCUGAACUUCCCCCUACUGCCACAUACUGCAUAUAUCCCAGCCUUAUUUGCACCACAACUAAAUGCAGCCACACCUCCUGCUUUACACCCAAAUUCCAUUGUUCAUCCAUUAUUCCAAGGGCAAGAUCCUCAUCACCAUUCUUGCUCUAGCCAGACUCAACAGUUACCUACAAUAAAAGAAGUUUUUGGUGUUUCUAGCUAUUUAAACUAG